AUGACAUCAAAUGUCUCGGCUCUCCAUAAAAAAGGCCAGAGGCUCUACCAAAAAGGAAACUUCAAAGCUGCCAUCGAGGCCUUCAGCGAGGCAUUGAACCAAGAAGAUGCAGAUACCAUUGGCAUUUUAGAUAAUCGUGCAGCGACUUACUGCAAACUUGAGAACUAUGACCAGGCGCGUCGAGAUUCAAGACACAUGAUCAAAAAGGCCAACCAAGAUGAGCGCGGAUACCUACGAUGUGCAAAGGUGCUUCUCCUUGAAGGAAAGCCAUCCAAGGCUCUGGAAAUCUACGCUUAUGCUCUGAAGACGCUUCCAAGUAAACACCCACGUCGUGAAUUGCUGGAUCAAUUGCACAACAAGCUUCAGGAUCGGAUGCUUCUCAAUAAGCUGGAUCCUUUUACAGUAUUGCCCUUCGAGCUUGCAAUGAUGGUAAUCAAGGACUUCUCCUUCAAGCAAAUCGUGGGCAUUUUGCGUGUCUGCAAAGGAUGGGAACGAUUCUUCGGCUCCAUAUCGGACUUAUGGAUGAACCUUGACUUCAGUACCGCUCGAGCGACAGUUCCUUUUUCCGCAGUCCGGUCAUGCAUCCGGCGAUCUAAAGGGUUGCUCACUCGAGCCUUUCUCAAGAACUUGCCACUUCCGCAAACACCCAGGACCUUGGAAUUUCUGAGCAGAUGUCCACAUAUUGAGCACCUGCAACUAUGGGUGUCUCACGAUCAUAACGACUUAUUUGCUAAGUUCAAGGGCUCAAAGAAGCUCAAAAGCCUAAUUCUCUCGGCUGACAUGGCGCUUCCAAAUGAUUAUCUCGGUCGAUUCUUGAUCGAGCUACCGAAACUCGAGCGUAUUGCAAUAUACAAUUCUCGAAACUCAUCUCCGGUGUUUCUACGGGCUGGAUCCUGGCCGGCUGCUCUACCAAACCUUAAAAGCAUCCUUCUGUCCACGAGCCAACAGCCGCCAACCGGGCCAUUGACAGAAGUCGUGCCUGCUCUGCAUAUUCCACACAUCCUAUCUGAUAUCAAACCUCACCCUUAUCAGAAUCUAGAAGAUUUGCGGUUAGAGGCGAACCCACCAAAGAUUACGCCAUUGUAUUUCCCCUCCGAAGCCGAUGCGGGUCCUGGUGGUCUUCUAAAUACUGCGAAUAUUGAAAAUUACUCUCUACCACCGCUCCGUCAUCUUAAACUUCAGGGCAUCUCGCCAAAUAUUUCCUUGCUCACCUUUUUACCCACUACCAUCGAAUCCCUCGCUAUAGUCGGUGGACCAUCUCGGUCAAGCGUCAUCAGAUCCGUUCCAAAAACAUUUUCAAAGCUAGACACCCUCGCCUUCAGUGACACCGGCUGGCUUAAUGGGUUGAACUUUCAGAUACUUGUUUUUGAGCUACAGCUCCCAAUUCGAACUCUGCACUUGGAUCGAUGCUUCAAUCUUACUUUGACAAGUCUCGUUGAUAUGGUGGAUGCAAGGCAAAAUGCCCAUCUGGCGGGACUUGAAGAGCUCACCAUUACUCAUGUGCAAGCGGUGGAUGACGAUUUUGCGAUCCUGCUCCUAGACGCAUUUCAUAACCUUACUCUGCUGGAUUUAUCCCAUACGGGUAUUACGGGCUGCACGAUUCGGAGGAUUGCCGAUUUUCUAGGAUCUGAUUCGUCCGAAGUUCCAAAGAUUAAUCUUCUGAUUGUGCGAGGCUGCGAAGGCGUCUCUUCGGACGCUGUGGUAUACGGUCGAGAGAAGGGACUGGAUGUGGUGAUCUGA